CUAAUUCAGAUAUUUAUUCAUAAAAAAAUAUAUUCUGGAUUUGUAGAGCUCUUCUCUUUAUUUCGUUUUUAAAGGCAAUUUUUUCCUCUCCUGUUUAGUGUUUUAUCUUGAGCAAAUGUUAACGUUAAAAUGCUAAAUCGGUUCAGCUUCGUCUACCGGCGUCAGACGCCACUGCUUUGACAGUUGAUGUUUACAGCCCCAACCCGCCAUAUUGGUUCGGGUUUUCGUUGGUUCUGUUUAGCUCUAUCCAUAUGCGGUCAAGAGCGUACUAUUGUGCGCAACAUUCAAAAUGAUUUCAUUUCUGGUUUUGGAAGUACUCGUGUCGAAGCCAAUUUCUGUUGAACAUAAUCAGAAUCAAAGGCUUAAUAGUUAGAAAAUGCAACCAACCAGUGGUUUGUCCCACCAGUGAAAGGUGACAUACCCCCAGGAUGUGCAGCAUAUGGAUUUGUAGUGGAUGGUACCAGGAUUCUGGUGUUUGGUGGUAUGGUUGAGUAUGGAAAGUACUCAAAUGAGCUAUAUGAGCUCCAGGCUAGCCGAUGGGAAUGGCGUCGUCUCAAAGCGAAAGCUCCAGAUAAUUCCUCAGCCCCAUGUCCACGUUUGGGCCACAGUUUUACUAUCCAUGGAAAUCGAGUCUUCCUUUUCGGUGGUCUGGCCAACGAUAGUGAAGAUCCAAAGAAUAACAUCCCUAGGUACUUAAAUGAUCUUUACAUUCUUCAUAUCACCCCUACUGGACAAAAAGAAUACUGGGAAUUGCCUGUCACUUUUGGUGAGCCUCCUUCACCACGAGAAUCUCACACUGCUGUCACAUUCAAUCGAGAUGGAACAAGCCCUAAGUUGAUUAUAUACGGAGGAAUGAGUGGUUGCCGAUUAGGGGAUCUGCACAUUUUGGAUGUCAAUACUAUGUCAUGGACUAAACCUGUAGUGAAUGGCGCCCCGCCCCUUCCAAGAUCUUUACACAGUGCUACACUGAUUGGUCACCAGAUGUACGUAUUUGGUGGUUGGGUGCCGUUGGUAAUGGAUGAUAUGAAAAUGCCAACGCAUGAGAAAGAAUGGAAAUGUACCAACACAUUGGCAUGCCUCGACCUGAAUUCAAUGACUUGGGAGCCGUUAACUAUGGAAGUUUACGACGAAUCAGUUCCCCGUGCCCGAGCUGGUCAUUGCGCUGUUGGCAUUCACACUCGUCUAUACGUAUGGUCAGGACGUGAUGGCUAUAGGAAAGCUUGGAAUAACCAAGUGUGCUGUAAAGAUCUCUGGUUUUUGGAGACCGAAAAACCACCAGCACCCGGUCGGGUUCAGCUUGUACGCGCUUCUACCAAUAGCCUGGAAGUCUGCUGGGGUGUAGUGCCAACCGCGGAAGCAUACCUCUUACAGAUCCAGAAAUACGAAGUGCCACCUGCUGGAGCUACUCCUGCUUCCGGAGCUGACGCUGCCUCUCCAGCUCCAGCCCCCACCCCCAGCACGCCGUCUACACCUAAUACUCCUUCUACACCAGUUCGUGCUCCGGGAUCACUACACCCAUCUACUGUCAGACAAGUCACACCACAGGGAACGCCAAUUGGUGUCGGUAGAGGUGGCAAUAUCGUCCGAGUUCGAGCCCCCGUAGGUGGUCAAACGAUUCGCGUUCUUGGGCCCAGCGGACAAACACAGAUUAUCCGCGCUGGAGUUAACCCCAACCAGCCAGGAAUGUCUGGCAUUCAGGCCUUAGCAGCUGCCGCCGCCCAGACGCAACGAUUACCUACUCCCACAAGCUCAGCAACAGGCGUCCGAAUGGUGCAGCCAACUCUUCUGACGUCUCAGGGUGUACGUGUAACUCCUGUUCCGGGCAGUGUGAGUGGUGCACAAACGGUUCGACUGAGUAGCGGUGCAACCAUACUCAAAGCUGGUACCACACUUCAGGGAUUACAGACUAUUCAGACGGCAGGUGGCAAGCAAAUCAUAUUGCAAAAAUCGGGCGCUGCGGGUGUUGGAGGCCAGCCACAGAUCGUUACCCUGGUGAAAACAAGUCAAGGUAUGACUGUUGCAACUGUUCCGAAAGGCAUGAGCCUUGUUCAAGCAAAACCGGGCACAACGGGUGGCGUGACCACAGUACAAGGUUCACCCAAAGGUAUACCACAGGGUGCUACCAUUGUGAAGUUGGUUGGCCAAGGUCAGGCGGGCGCUAAAGGAACUGCCACCUUGCUCCAAGCCGGGCAGCAGGUAUCUGCAGGAACCCUGAUGACUGUUGGCGGUAAGCAACAGAUGGUUACGACCCAGAAUAUCGGGGGUAAGCAAACAAUUGUCAUUACCCGACCAGGCGGACAAGGCACAGCUAUUAAACAGCAAGGGGGGCAACAAGUAAUCGUUGUAUCAUCAGCCGGUGGAAUGCGGACCGUGCAAGCCACUGCUACUGUUCAAGCCGGCGGUCAAGCUGGAACGCAAACAGUGAAUGUUUUACCUACCACAGGGCAAGUCACUACCGGACCUGGUGGUGUCAAAAUGAUAGUCGUUUCUCAGGGUGUCGUCACCUCAUCGACUUCAUCUUCCAGUACAAGCACAGCUGGAGCUGGCGGGACAAAAACUAUUUCUAUACCCGCUGGAGCCCUUCAGAAGACGAUGACACUUGCAAGGGCAGGAGGACCUCAGGGGCAAGUAAUUACUCUGCCCGGUGGCCAGACGUUGGUGGGGUCUGGUCAACAGACCAUCACCCUGGGGGGAAAGCCGGUAACGGUUCAAGUGUCAACGGCUCCCGGUGGACAAAAAACAGUCACUUUAGUCACCAGCCAAGGAACAGGUGCCAUUCCCGCCAACGUUGCCAAAUUGCUUUCAGCGGGAGGAGGCCAAUCGAAAGUCGUAUUGGUACCCCAGAGCACGGUGACUACCACUGCUGCUAUUAGUACGCAACCGGAAACUGUGUCCAGCACUCAGUCGACUCCUUCGGCUACAUUGAGUUUAUCAGACGGACCAGCCACAACUGAUGCCGCUUUGGCAGCUCUUGCCGCAGAAGCCGGCUUAAUAGAUCCACCAUUGACUGAAGAAGCCGAAGCUGCAUCAGCCGUGGCGACUAGUGACGCUGCUGCGAUACCUGUUAGCAUCGAAAAUGAAGACGCCUUGCAGCUUCUUGCUGGAAUGAGUGCCGAAAUGGUCGAUGCUAACCCUGUCGUAGAUGUAGCUGCGGCUACAGCGGCGGCUACAGCGGCAACUCCGGCGGUAACUCCGGCGGUAACUCCGGCAGCAACUCCGGCAGCAACUCCGGCAGCAACUCCGGCAGUAACUCCGGCAGCAACUCCGGCAGAAACACCUUUGACUACCAACAGUGUUCCGGACAGUACCGACGUUCCCAUUGCACCAACAGCUAGUGCUUUGGAUGUAACACCCGCUUCGCUAAUGGAACCGAAUGCCGAGAGCAUUAUUGGCGAGAAGGCUCCUUCGGAAAACGACGACGCAAUUUUAGCCAACGCUGCUAUUCGUCCGGCAGAAACAGAUCUUGCGGUUUCGAAUGUCGCGGUACCUGAAACGAAUCCAACAAAUGAACUUGCCAAUGAGCCUGUGGACGGAGCAGCCGUUCCUUGCGACUCGGAGCCCACUUUGCCUAAGGAAGAAAAGGCCGAGCUGCCUGCAGUUGCGGAGAUUAAAGAUGAUACUAAAGAGGAAACCGCAAUUCCUAGCCAACCAGAAGCGGUCGAAGCUGAGUCUCCAAAACCAAUCGCGGUCCCAGACUCGCCAGUGAAAGUAGCGAAACCAGUCGUAGAAGCGGAUUCUCCGAACGUUGCCACACCGAAGAAAUUGGAAGCUGACCAAUCAGCUAUGGAUACGGAACCAUCAGACCCACUAUCCACUUUGGCGUCCGCGGCGGUCAUCAAAGCGGAAGCUAUUGUUGGCAAAUCAGAGGCUGCGUCCAACGGGAUCAAACAAGAAGAACCAAAGAUCGACUUGAAAAAAAUCGACGGUAUUUGGUUCGAUGUUGGCCUCGUCAAGGGCACGACGUCAACUGUUCAACAUUUCCUAUUGCCGUCAAGCGGUGGAGGACUUGAAGACCGGAUAGAUCACGAGACGGUAACUCUCCAGCCUGACGCGGAGUCGGCCAUGAAAAAGCUUGAACUUCAACCGGGUACAGCGUACAAAUUUCGAGUAGCCGGUGUGAACUCUUGUGGAAGAGGAACGUGGAGUGAAGUUUCGGCUUUCAAAACUUGCCUCCCUGGAUUCCCAGGUGCGCCGUCGGCAAUAAAAAUUUCCAAGUCACCUGAGGGCGCGCAUCUUUCUUGGGAGCCCCCUCAGAGUACCGCUGGAGAAAUUACGGAAUACUCUGUCUACCUAGCGGUGAAAGGAACUUCAGCUCAGUCUGUAAGUGGACCAUCUCAAUUGGCAUUUGUUCGCGUGUAUUGUGGGCCUUCCUCGCAGUGUACCGUACCCAACGCGUCGUUGUCGUCAGCGCAUAUUGACACAACGACGAAACCCGCCAUCAUUUUCCGCAUUGCGGCCCGAAAUGAAAAAGGAUACGGACCGGCUACGCAAGUUAGAUGGUUGCAAGAUUCGAGUACUGCCCCAACUCCGGCGAAGGGCGCCGUCAAGCGGGGAUCUGAGACUUCCAAAUCGGCUACGGCAGCCGCUACCAAGCGAUCACGAGCCGAUGAUUAGAAAGAACUUUCAGAGUUUUUAAAUUUUUUUAAAGAAUGAGAACGACAGCAUCAACAUAUUAAAGGAGAACUGUUACCUGGCGUCAUCCACAUUUAUAUUCGUUCAUCAGUGUACGUUUAAAAGGGUUGAAGUGCAGAUUGUUGCUUUUGCGUGUUAUUACCCCCUUUGUCGGAAAUGAUUCGGUUUUUACGCCUGUACCCCAUCUAUUCAUCAUUGAUUUGAUCAUUGUCAUUUGUCAUUACAAAAAGAAACGGCGUCCCCCCCCCCCCAUUAAUUGUCGUGCGGAUUGUGAAAAAGUUAUGGCUGUUUUUGUUUCUAAGAGCUUCGUGCCGGGAAUCACCUGUUCCUCUUCUUAGAAUCUAACAGCUUUGUCCUGCGGUUUUUCCUUCAACAAAUUUUCAUUGGUUUUCAUGAAAAUAUUAUUUUGCAACCUUUCGAAGUUUCUUUUACUCUGAAAAGUUAUUCGCUAGAGUCGACUGUUGAGGAAAAGCCGUUUAAUUUGCCGGUUCUCGAUUCUCAUUCAAGACCUAAUGCACACUAUCCUUAUCCAUCUCGUCGCAUUGCAGUAACGUCAGCCCUCAUCUGUCUAUUCGAAUACACUAAACAUUUCUAGAAAAGGUGACUCAUGUCAUUGCCAUCUGUCACUAUGCUACUAUCGCACUAUUCUUUAUCAUUUGAUCAUCACUGAGUUCUUGUAUUGACAUUUGAACAUUUGGGACUGAAACCUUUUCUAAAUAAAAAGCAUGUUUGACAUCGGAA